GUUUCCCGUCAUAACCUUAUCGGCGACGACAACCAUACAUACCAAUCUUUACCAAGACAUCUUGAUAUUUAAUCCCACAACCAUGACAGCACUGUCCGCCGCAUCCAAACGCUUCAAGCUAAUAUUUUUCGUCCCACCAUCAGGACUCCCAGCCUGUAAAGCUGCCAUUUUCGCCGCCGGAGCUGGACGCUAUCCGGGCCCUGGAAAUUAUACCGAAUGCUGCUGGGCUACGACAGGCACUGCACAGUUUCGACCAGGUGAUACUGCGAAUCCAAAUAUUGGGACUGUAGGUGCGUUGGAAGAGGUGCAAGAAGUUAGGUUCGAGACAUUGUGUGUUGGCGAGGAGACGAUUAAAAAUGCCGUUGCAGCUUUGAAGAAAGUUCAUCCUUAUGAGGAACCGGCUUAUGAAGUUUAUAAGCUGGAGGAUUAUUGAGUCCGGUGAAGCCCAUACGUUAGCGUUGCUGUUGGAGAGGAAGAUGAAGCGAGCAGAAGAUUAGACAGUGCUUUUUACGAUCGGCAGCUUGGCUGCCGUGGUUAUGGAACAAAAAUCUGAGGACAGAAGUGCAGCCACGUUCUAGGAUUAAUUCCCUGUCUUUCAGCUCGAAAUGAACCAGUUGACAGAAUAUACCACUUUAUUCUGGCAUCGUUCAACGUCUUGUCUGUCUUCUGAACCCACCCCACUCUGGAGGAUUGAGAUUCGAUUUCGAAUUACAAGCUGCCUCAUGGUACUUCCA